GAAGAUCGUGAUGCAGAGAAACCUGAAUGGGAGCAGACAAGAAGAUUUAAAGGAGAUCCACCAGAUGUUGCUUUCAAAGGAAGAGGAAGACCGCGCUUCAACAUGUCAAGCGGACUCCGUUCCUGGUAAAAAAAAAUACACAAGUUCAUCCUCAAAUUAUUCACCAUUUCACCGAGGAGUGUACUUUAAGGGUAUCUAUACAAAGGAACAAAGGAAGACAUUACAUAAAUAAAAUAUUAAAUUGAUAACGAAAACUUAAAGAGCUAUCCAGGUCUGUUGGUCAAUAUAAGUUUGAAUUAAAUAAUGUUCUUACUACAGUGUUUUAACUUUGAAUUCAGACCGUUAAUUCUUUUGUUGUACCCAAGUCAAUAAACAUAUUC